UACCAGAUGUUGGAAGAGCACACCAAUAUUAUAUGAUUUUCCCCGGAUAAAUUUAGGGUGUUAAAGGUCCCACUUCUUGCCGUAUGUUUUUAUGAUCCAUCUUCUUGGGGAAGUUUCACCCGCCCGACAAUAAGGGUUUUAAGUAAUUGACUUUCUAAGUGCUUAAAAUUAUUUUUUUUAUUAUAUCAAUAAACACUUUUUUAAACACUUAGAAAGUUAAUUCAAACAUGUCCUAAAUUUAUUGGAGUUCAAACUAAAUACUUUAUAGUAUGUCCGAACCCUUCAAAUUCUGAGGCAUGUUUUACAUUUGACGUUGAUCAAACUGGGGGAAAAGAAAAGUCGAAUGAAUUAUUGGCUCAUUUAAUUUUUUAUUCAAUUAAAACACAAUCAAUCUAUCCAUCUGUACAUGUAGAUCAAUGGAAGGUGAUAUGUCGAUGAUUCCUCUUUUAGUAAAAGCAAUUUUCUUUGGAAGAUUUAGUCAUAUUUUUGCCACAAGGGGGCAAAUGGUUUCUAGGAUUGGCUGUCAUACAUUUAUUUUGGUGAAGAAAUCUGUUCUAACAGUGGCCUCAAACGAAAGGAGAUCUCAUGAAAAGAGAAUUAAAAAUAAUUGGACAAUCUCCAAGCUCCAGUUGAAGGGAUCAAUUGGAAAGAAGAAAAAGAAAAAAAAAACAUUUAUCAAAUUGUGGAACACUAAAAAAACACAUCCCAAAGUACCAAAGUACAUUCAUGUACUCUCUCUCUCUAGGUUUAUUCUUCAUAGUCACGUGUCUCUAGAGAGAGAGAGAGAAAGAGAGAUUAUUAUGUGAAGUGGAAGCAAAACUGUAGUUUUUUGUUAUACAGAGACAAUGAUUACCUUGUGAGUGAAGAAAAAUGCAAAAAAAAGACAAGAAUUGAGUCAAAGACAAGAAGACCAACCAUCCCCUUCCCUCUCUCUUCUCUCUUUCCAUAGAGAGACACAUACACAAAUGGAGGUCCCCCUCCAAUCCGUUUUCCACUCCACCUAUCAACCAACCAACACAAUCUUCUCUCUCUCUCUCUCUCUCUCUCUCAACACAUAUUCACAAUUCAAACCUAUAUUCUUCAAGCAACCAAAGCAUCCCCAACCAUCUCCAUCAUCAUCACCCUUACCACGCCAUGAAGCCUUCUCUCUCUCUCUCUCUCCUCUCUCUCUCUCUCUUUUUCUCUCUACACACACCACACACACAUAUAUAUACAAUUCUCCAUGCAGUGACCAAACCCAGUUAGGGGAAAAAGAAAAAGAAACAUCAGAAGAGAAGAAAGAAGAAUGAGGAAACCAGAGGCGGUUCUCGGGAAAGAGAAUGCUGAGAAGAACAAAUACCGGAAAGGGCUGUGGUCGCCGGAGGAGGACGAGAAGCUGAUGAGGUAUAUGUUGAACAAUGGGCAGGGCUGUUGGAGUGACAUUGCUAGGAAUGCAGGGCUCCAGAGAUGUGGGAAGAGUUGUCGUCUUCGUUGGAUUAAUUAUCUUAGACCUGACCUUAAACGUGGAGCUUUCUCUCCUCAGGAAGAAGAGCUUAUUGUCCAUUUGCAUUCCCUUAUUGGCAACAGGUGGUCUCAAAUCGCAUCUCGUUUGCCUGGACGUACCGACAAUGAAAUAAAGAAUUUUUGGAAUUCCACAUUGAAGAAAAGGUUAAAAAACAACCUUUCUUCUUCUCCAUACAAUCAUGAAACAUCAGAUCCUAGAUUGGACAUGAUGUUUGGAGGGAUAAUGGCAAUGCAAGAACAUGACAUCAUGAGUAUGAACAUGAGCAUGGAUUCAUCGUCGACCUCCUCGUCGUCUUCCCAACUACCGUUUUCUGCAACAGGACACAACUCCUUCGACGGUUCAUCCAUGCCUUUUCUAGACAACAACUUCGAAAUGGCCUCUGUGGCUGGGGCCAAUAAUGGCUUUCUGCAACCGUCCUUGACAGAAAUGGGAAUGGGAAUGGGAAUGGGAAUGAGAAUGGAAGAGAGGUUUAGCUAUGGAAAUUUGGAGGGUCAAAGAUCAAUGGAACUUGAAAGAGAAGUUCUAUGUCUUCCACAUGAAGAGAUGAUGAACCCUCCAUUAAUGAACAAUAAUAGAAGCAGUUUUGAUCAGUAUUUGGGUACAAAUGAGCAGAAUUUGAAUGUGGAGGAGAUGUUUGGAGAUAUGGGAAGCCAUGGCCAAUUACAAGAAAGCUUGAAGAUGGGUAAUGAAUGGGAUUUGGAGAGUUUCAUGCAAGAUAUAUCCUCAUUUCCUCAUUUUCUUUGAUUUUCAACCUCUGCCUCCCUCUAAAGGUUUAUAAAUUCUUCAUUUAUUUUAGAAUUUUUUUGGGGGGAAAACAAAAAACCCCACACAUAUAUUCUUUAUCCCUCAUUUCUUCUUCUCAACCCACCCCCCCCCCCCCCCCCCAAAAAAAAGACCCUUUUACACCACCCAAGUUUCAUAUAAAAGGCUUUUCAAAGCCAUUUAUUUAGGGAAUUUUUGGGAAACCAGCCCUAUAAAUAUAAAUAUAUCUUUUUUCUCCUUAAAUGAUUUCUUAUUUGUCAAUAAAACCCCACAAAAUAAAAGAAAGAAUAAGAAAAUUAGUUUUGUUUUUUGGUUGGCCAUGGUUGAAGACCAUGAGAGAAAUGAAAGGGAAAUCUUUUGGUUUUGUGUUUUUGUCUCUUGGAGGGUCAAGAAUUUGAUUCCAAACUGGUGAUGCAACUUUUGUGAGAUUGAAAAGCAGAGAAUUCUAGGGAGAAGGGUAGAUUGAAGAAAGUAGUGUUUUACAGUGCAAAGAAAAAACUUUUGUUCUACAAAUCUCAACUUGAGAGAGUUUUUUGGUAAGUUUGUGUACCUUCAAAACAUGG